UGAAGCGUUGGCAAAUCUUUGAAAGAGGAAAAAGAGCAUUGGCAAAUCCGAUGAUGAGCCUUGAACGAUUUCUUCAUUCCAUAUGGAUAGCUUUAUUGAUGACGAGCAAGGGCUUUGGUUUCAAAAAUUGUCCGCAAUUUACCCGACUUGGUUGCUUUAGAGACUCGCUGAAUCCUCGUCCCCUACCGACAAUUCUUAUGACCGACCGCGACCCUAGCAUGAGGGUAUUCAGCGGUGUUAAUAUUGACUGGGCAGAUUGGAACGACUACAAGACCGACUUAGCCUGCAGAUGUGCUAAAAAGACAAAGAAGUCGGGAUUUAAAGUCUUUGGACUGCAAUUUUAUGGUGAAUGUUGGUCGGGUGUAAACGCUGAAAAAAAUUAUAAGCAAGAUGGACCAAGUCAAAGUUGCUUAACAAAUGACUUCCGAAAAUGUGGGCCACAAGACAAGUACUGUGUAGGAGAACAGGCAACUAACUUUGUUUACACUUUAAACGCUUCAAAUCCAGCGCCACAGCCGACUAACCAGCCGAGGACGAAACCGACGACUGCUCCGAAGACCAAGCCGACGAUGAGGCCGGAAGCUUUGCAGUGCUAUGUUUAUAAUUUAACGCUGGAGUUGACAAACACGCCCUAUGAUGAUGGUUUAAGUUAUCCACAUGCAGCCGAGUUUAUUGCACUUAGGACGGAUUUUGAAGUGGGAAUUUUGCAAGUUUAUGAUGAAUAUGACCUCUUUGCUGGUGUCACAACUCUUCUGUUCAGCCCAGCAACAGACGGCAUGACGAUCGUCCAUUUUGUUAUUGAGUUCAACACCAAUGGCGCUCAUCUUCCAUUACUUACAAAAGCCUUAACUUUCGGAACGCUUGGGAAGUUUGCUUCACUUUCUGUUGCCACGAGACUGAAUCAAAUUGCAUGCUACGAGGCACCAGCUCCAUUAAUCUGCCCGCUUCCAUGUCCAUCACUGUGCGCUCCUUCCUGCUACACCAGCUGCUGUCAGCAGUACCAAUACUCCUACUGACCUCGUUCCUUCCUCUUCCUGCUAC